AUGUCGGAAGUGAGUCCGGGAGAUCUUGAUGGCCUUGAAAGCUAUGCCGAGAUUCGUGAAUAUGAUGGGGUCAGUGAUGAUGAGUUUCAGGAUAAACAAGAUAGAGUGAAAAAAUGCUUGACCGGAAACCAUUCUAGCGUGAGGUCCGAGUGCCCAGGAGUGUGUCCAUUGUGUUCGACUAUUUGGAAUUCUCUAGCUGAUAGAACUAGUCACCUGCAGACACACAUUCCAAAAGAUCAGGGUCGGCAAGCAUUCAAAGAGGCUUGUGAAGCCAUCGAAAAGAAAAUUGGGAAGGAGUACACCCAGAGAAUGGGAUGGUGUGAGCUUAAAGAACCACAAGAAGAAACUGCAUGGAAUUGUCUGGUGGAAAGAGAAGGAAUCUUCAAAGCAGGAAGAUCCAGAGACAGCUUCCCGCAGUCAGACUGUAAAGAGAAGGCUAUAAUCAUACAGCGUUGCCAGUACAUGAGUUCAAGGUGUCUUGGUGACCAGGACAGCCUUGAGAGUGAUGACAGCUUUGAAUAUGGAGGAGAUAGUGAUGAAGACGUUGAGGGUAAACCUGCUCAUAAAAGAAAAAGACACCAGAGCAAAAAUCGCAAACCAGCCUUUAAGUUCCCAGAAGCAUGCCCAAUCUGCUUUGAGGCGUGGAAAGAGAAACGGAAAGUUAUGCACCAUUUACAAAAACACAUCCCGAUUGAUCAGGGUCCAGAAGCAAUCAAGGAUGCCGUCCAAUCAAUCAAAAGCAAAUUUGAAAAGGAGCACAAUUUUGACAUGGGAUGGUGUGGGGAGUGCAAAAAAUUACUCCUGCGCUUUAGAACACACCUUAACAGAUGCCACGACAAGAAUUCUAGAUAUGGUGUACUGUGCCAGCAGUGUGGUAAAAUGAUCAACAGUCAGUAUAUCAAAAGGCAUGAGAUCUCACACCUAGAGAUCAAGGAGAGCGAUUACGUCCAAUGUCCACAGUGCCCCUCAAGGUUUAAGCACCAGCAAUACCUCAAGAGUCACGUUAGGUGUGUCCACAACAAAAAACCUAGGAGUGCGCAGUGCUCGACCUGUAGCAAGGUCUUGAAAAGUCGGGAACAUCUCAAGCGACAUUUAGUAAUCCACAGUGGAGUUAAGCCUUAUUCAUGCUCGAUGUGUGACAAGUCGUUCACGCAGAGUAGCAAUCUCAAGGCACAUAUGCGGCAGCAUACAGGAGAUAAGCCGUAUGUUUGUGAGUUGUGUGAGAUGGCGUUUAACCAUAAGGUCAGCUUAAAGAACCACAAGAAGAAACUGCAUGGGAUUGACUGGUGGAAAGAGAGAGAAUCAUUGAAAAAGGAAGAUCCAGAGAGAAAUAAAAGUGAUGGCUCUGAAUAGAGAAAACAAGCGAUCUGAUUCGCUCAUAUAUGCAGCGGAAAAUGCCAGAAAAACAAUAUUCAAACAGGACUCACGUUUGCUUUAAUUACCAAAAGAUGAUUGCUAGUGUUGGUCAACAGUAAACAGUGCGUCCCAGUAAAAACGGAUAUAAUGUUACAGGUUCCCAAAUUACAAUUAUUUGCAAUUCUUGCCCAAAGUUUUAACAACGUACAUGUUACCUUCCAUUGAAGUAGAUGACCAUUAUAUUUUUGUACAACUUUGCACUAUGGCUGAGACAUGUGUUUUCUUCCAAAAGCGUUAGAAAUAAUGGGGAAAAAAGGAGAUGUGAGUUGAUCUAUCCGCACAUUCACUUGAUUGGCUAUAUGUCUUUGCCUACAAACUGACUCAGGCAAUUACCCUGGUUCGAAACUAAAUCAUAUCUUUCGGAUGGUGACGUUAAAGGUCGGUCCCCGGCUGCCGCCAGACGUAACUAAUCAAAUCUGAUUGAUAAAUGUUUGUAUAAAACCAAAUGACACACACGCCUGUAAAACAAUAAAAAAUAAAUAAAUCAAAGUUCAUAUUAAAGUCACAUAAGACAUGUCUAAGA